ACAACACUUGUCUGUCAGCAGCCUCCACUGAACGCCCAGAUGCUGGCCCAGCGUCAGAGGGAACUCUACAGCAUCCAGCACCGCCAGCGUCAGCUUUUCCAACAGAAGGUCAUGUUGAUGAGACAAAACAUGGCGGGGGCCCCAACCGGAGCCAUGGGUGCCGUCGGAACUGCGAGGGUCCCGAAGGGUCCAAUCACGACACCUCAACAGCAGCAGCCGCAGCAGAUGCCGCCGCCGCCGCAGCAGCAGUUUAACUUCCCGUCGGGAUUUAAUCCGAUGACAGGAAAUGCCCCUACCUCACCCAGUCACUUCACCCCAAUGUCGGGGGGGCCGCUGGACAACAAACUGUUGGCCAGAGUUCCUCUGAAUAACCAGACGCUAAUGGGCGGUGCCGGCGUGCCAGGUCAGUUCAGCGGCAACGUCAACUCCUCGCUGCAGCCGAGUCUGUUCCAGCAGUUUGGUGGGACGGCUAUGGUCCAACAAGACCCAUCCUACCCUCCUGAGAUGAGUCCGACCAGUCCCUUAUUGUCACCUCAAAACUCAACCUCCCAGAGUCCUCUGCUGCAGCAAGCCCCGCCUCCUGGAUACCAGUCUCCAGACAUAAAGGGCUGGCAACAGACAGGCAUGAGCAGCAACAGUCUGUUUAGUCAGUCAGGACAGAGUGCAGGACAGGCGUUUGGCCAGCAGGGGGUGUACAACAACAUGAGCAUCACUGUCUCCAUGGCGGGAGGCUCAGGCAACGUGGGCUCGUUACCUCCCAUGGGGCAGACGGUCAGCAUGAGCAACAAUAACCUCAACAAUGUGGGUGCGGUGUGCAGCGACCAGCAGGUUGGUCUCGUCAUCGCUCGUCAGGUUUCUGUCCCAACCCCUGUCCUCAGAGACACUGCUAAUCUAUUUUCAGGUUAUUUUAAACUCAGCCCAUGGCCAGAAUGAAGCACCGAUAACAAUUCAA